AUGCCUCGUGCCUGGAACACCAACGACAAGACCUACGUCCUCUUCCACAAUCGCUUCGACAUGGCCUCAUACAAUCCCCAAACCGAUUACCCAACAGUCCUACUCUUCGACAUAGGCGGCGUUUGCGUCGUCUCCCCCUUCCAAGCGAUCCUCGACUACGAAAAACGCCAAAACAUCCCCCUCGGCUACAUCAACCAUAGCAUCUCCGCGUCCGCCCCCAACGGCGCCUGGCAGCGCCUCGAACGCGGCGAGAUCCUCCUCGACGCCGGCUUCUUCCAACACUUCAAAGCCGACCUCUCCGACCCCCAGCGCUGGAAAGACUACUACGCCAAAACCAACAAGACAACCGCGCAAAAAAUCCCGCCCGUCGCGGAUAUCGAUGUCGAAUGGCUCUUCUGGGAAAUGAUGGGGAACUCGCGCAGACCUGAUCCGCAUAUGUGGCCGGCGCUGCAACGGCUAAGAGCGGUGGCGGAUAAGAGUAAUGGGAAGUUGAUCUUGGGGGCUUUGAGCAAUACGUCUAUCUGGCCGCCGAAUCAUCCCUUCUCCGAUCCCAAUACCCCGGAAGGAAAGCAGAAUGCCGCUCUGCGCGCGUGCUUCGACGUCUUCGUCUCGAGCGCACAUGUCGGGAUGCGUAAACCCGCCGAGGAUAUAUAUCAGUAUGCGAUUGUCAGGUUGCACGAGUAUGUCAAGACGAAGGGAUAUGGGAAGGGGGUGAGGGCACAGGAUAUCACGUUUUUGGAUGAUAUCGGGGGCAAUUUGAGGACGGCGAAGAAGUUGGGGAUGGGAACGAUCAAGGUGCAGUUGGGGAGGACGGAUAAGGCUGUGGUGGAGCUCGAGAGGAUUACGGGGUUGAGGUUGAGGGAUGAUGAUAAGGCGAGGCUAUGA